AGUAGCAUAUAUUACGACUUGUUGUUCAGCAAUUUUCCUCUUCAUAGCAUUCCUUAAUAACAUAUCUUGUUAAAAUUGUGUAACUAUUGUUCUUUUCAUAGCGCUUUUGAGUUUCAUAUGUCGCGACUACUUGCUAACGAUUAUUAUAGAUUGCACAUCUUAUUGAUCUGCUUGCCUUGAGUUUGCCCUCAACGUCUGUCCCCUCCUCAGAGCUUUUAAGCACGAUAAAUCGGAACGAUUCAUUGACCCGACAAUAUAGGCUCAUUUGUUCAAGAUUUCACUCCUUCUGUUUCUGUAAUAUCUCUCUCCGAACACAUUCACUUAUCAAAAUGUCUUCCCGACUAUUCACCAAUGCUCCUUUGCCGCCUCUCCCGAUUGGGGGCAUCCCAUUGCAGCCGGUUGAUAGUGCUGUGGUCGUGCAUCCACCUGGAUACAUGGCUCCUCCCACAUUGGGUCGGGCUCGGGCUCGCCGCCGGUGCCUUCCUCGUUGGUUGUCGUUUCUCCGUGGUUCCCCGAUUGAGCGCUUCCUGUGCACUGGAUGGAAUGGCAUCAUCAUUAUUGCAGUCAUCGCCAUUGCCACGCUUGUUGCAUUACUGGUCUUGGCGGCCGUCAAUUUGACCAAUUCCACCAAUAAGAUGACUGCUACCUGCCUUAAGCUCGACCCUUUAGGCAACUGCUGCAAGUACCUCGACAUGGAGGGUAAUUGCUUCAUCCAUAAUGUCACUGACGACGAUACGACAUUGGCCAAGAUGAAGCAUUCUCUCGAUGAUGCUGAUCUUGUUGCCGCGGAUGUCCUCGGUCAUGACACGACUUAUGCCAACAUGAAGCGCUCUCUUGGUGAUGAUAAUGCUCUCAUUGCGGAUGUCCUCAGUCACGAUACGACUUUCGUCAACAUCAAGUGCUCUGUUGAUAAUGAUGCUGAUCUUGCUGCGGAUGUCCUGGCCCACGAUACGACUCUCACCAACAUGAAGCGCUCUUGCGAUGAUGAUGAUACUCUUGUUGCGGAUGUCCUCGACCACGAUCCGGCUGUAGCCAAGGUGAAGCGCUCUCUCGAUGACGCCGACUUUGCUGCAAAGCCAACCCCCUUCUUCGUUCCGUCCCCAAACCCCAAUGUUCAGCACGCUAUGAACGGUCCUACGACAACUACGAACGGUUUCCGCUCCCCAUCAUCCACACUCGCUCCCACCACCUUCCUAGCUCUUGCUACACCAACCGUCGCUCUGCCCGUGCUGUUCGUCUACGCUACCUCGCUCUUGCACCUCCAACAGAAGCUUACGAACCGCCAAUCUGAGCACCACGACAUGAUGGGCAGUCACUUGCGGGAGCUGACCGAAAAUCUUGCACAACCGUUGAACAAGGAGGCAGUUGAGCUGGCGAAUGACUUCAUUGAAGAGAUGUUGGCUGAGAUGGGUGCAUAUGAGGGUUUCCUGGAGGGAUUGGAGGACGAUGUUGUUGAUUUAGUUCGGGAACUGGAUAUUGAGUAAGGGAGGAGACUGAGUUCUUUGCUUCGUUCUUUGUUGGAGUUUGAUGGAUUACGAUGAGAUGAUGAUGAUGGAUCUGCGAAUUUCGU